GCUAAAAUUAUUACAAAUCCAAUAGUUUUUGGGAAUAUAACCUAUUGAAUCACUAAAGGAAAAAUACAAAUGUCAACAUUAUACGAAUCUGACAUGUAGAAGAAUGUAAUCUCUCCUGCAAAGUUGUGCGUAAUCUUGUAAACAUUUUAUUUGAAAAAAAAAAACUGUAUGUAAUGGAAAAUCAUUCCGUUCGUAUAAAUUACACAUUAACACCCCGCGACACAGAACAACCAUUAAUAGAUGAUUGUGAAACUAAAGCAUAUGAAGAAAAUAUUAAAAAACACGAGGAAACAGCUAUAACAAGUGAAGCAAUGGGUAGUUCAUUUUGUCCCAGAGCUAUAUUAUUCUUGUUAUUGUGGUACCUCAUCAGUGGAUGUACUUUAUUCUUGAAUAAAUACAUAUUAUCUUAUAUGAAUGGCAAUCCCAUAAUUUUGGGAGCUUAUCAAAUGUUAAUAACUACAGUUUGUGGAUUUAUACAAAUGUAUUUUCCAUGUGGAAUGUAUAAAGUACGUUCCAGAUUAAUGAGACCAGCAGGUUUCUACAAGCAUAUGAUAUUAGUUGGAUGUACGAGAUUUACAACUGUAGUAUUAGGAUUAGUGUCGCUUAAUUAUGUAGCAGUGAGUUUUACAGAAACUAUUAAAAGUAGUGCACCACUUUUUACUGUCCUUAUUAGCAGAUAUUUAUUAGGAGAACAUACAGGAUUAUAUGUAAAUCUAUCUUUAAUUCCUUUAAUGGGUGGUUUAGCAUUAUGCUCGGUAAAUGAAAUUAGUUUUGAUCUCAGAGGAUUUAUUGCUGCUAUGGCUACGAAUGUAACAGAAUGUUUACAAAAUGUUUAUUCCAAAAUGUUAAUCAGUGGUGAUAAUUUUAGAUAUACGCCUGCAGAACUGCAAUUUUAUACUAGUUUAGCAUCAAUUGUGGUACAAAUACCAGUGUUGAUUUUAUUUGUAGAUUUACCAACACUUGAACAUUCUUUAAGUUUUAAAUUGUUCAUGGCAUUUCUGCUUAAUGGAGUAUUCUUCCAUUUUCAAAGUAUUACUGCAUAUGUACUUAUGAAUUACAUAAGUCCUGUGACACAUAGUGUUGUUAAUACAGCAAAGAGAGCUUCCUUGAUUUGGUUCUCUGUUUUACUCUUUAACAAUCCAGUAACUGGUUUGUCAGCUAUGGGAACAUCUUUAGUAAUAAUAGGAGUAUUAUUGUAUAAUCGAGCACAAGAGUAUGAUAAGUUAAACAAAGCAAAAUUAUGA